GAAAAAAACAAAACCCAGUAGAAAAUUUGCCCCUCCAAACGAUUCACCUUCACCACUAAAAGACUCCACUACGAUGAAAUUCGAUUCAAGGGUCUUAAAAUGGUUAUGGGUAUCGAUUGUAAUGGAGGGUCGAGUGUGAAUGUGCGUACUGCGCAACAUGACAGUGCCAAUAUUUGUUUAUGGCUGAAAAGGGAAGCGCGCAGAGCUGUGAGAGCUAUUUUUGGGGCGCCCCAUAGUCGGCGGUGAUUGAUUCUCCAGCAGCUAAGGGAUUAAGAUUUUCAGGCGCCGUUGCUCAAUCUUGAAGCACUUGGAUCUGAUACCUUUGUGGAUUAUUGCUAGCUGAUGUUGUUUUUGGUUUGAUACUGCUUUUUGUUCCUUGAUUUUCUGUAUUUGGAUCAUUUGUUCAUGCAAUUCUGUACUUGCUACACAUUUUCAGGCGCCUUUACUCAAUCUUGAAGCACUUAGAUCUGAUACCUCUGUGGAUUUAUCGCUAGCUGAUGUUGUUCUUGGUUUGAUACUGCUUUUUGUUCCUUGACUUACUGUAUUUGAAUCAUCUGUUCAUGCAAUUCUGUACUUGCUACACAUUUUCAGGCGCCUUUACUCAAUCUUGAAGCACUUAGAUCUUUGAGUGUGCAGUUUUUUUAAAUUCAUUAUGUUUUUUUUUUCUCUGUUCCUCGCAUCUAUGACAGAUUGGAUAGCAUUUGAGGAAUAGUUAUUAUCCAGUUCAGAAUGAGGAUUAUAUGCAUUCUAGUAUUGAUGCUUCUCUCCAGUGGGAGUUCCUCAAUUGGAGAUAGCAGAAAUGUAUCCACGAGGCCUGAUGUUGUCAACAUUGGGGCUUUAUUCUCUUUCCAUUCUAUGAUAGGAAAAGUUGGAAAAAUCGCGGUAGAAGCUGCCAUCGAGGACGUGAAUUCAGAUCCAUCCGUUCUUGGGGGGACGAAGCUGAAUCUCACUUUACAUGAUACCAAUUACAGUGGAUUUUUGGGCAUCGUUGAGUCCUUGCGUUUUAUGGAGACGAAGACCGUGGCCAUAAUUGGCCCCCAAAACUCUGUAACUGCUCAUGUGAUAUCUCAUAUUGCAAAUGAGCUCCAAGUUCCUCUGUUGUCGUUUUCGGCGACAGAUCCUACACUGUCAUCACUUCAGUUUCCUUUCUUUAUCAGAACGUCACAGAACGAUCGGUAUCAGAUGGCUGCAGUAGCUGCAAUAGUAGACUACUUUGAAUGGAGAGAAGUGGUUGCCAUCUUUGUUGAUGAUGACCAUGGUAGAAAUGGUAUUGCUGCAUUGGGGGAUCAACUUAACGAGAAACGAUGUAAGAUCUCAGUCAAAGUACCAUUGAAGCCUGAUGCGAGUCGAGACGAGGUCACUAAUGCACUUGUUAAGGUGACUUUAACCACGUCUCGAAUACUUGUUGUUCACACUUAUGAGUCCACAGGUAUGGUGGUGCUCAAUGUAGCUCAACAUCUUGGAUUGACUGGACCUGGCUAUGUAUGGAUAGCCACAAACUGGCUUUCUUUGCUACUCGACACGAAUUCUACUCGUCCUCCUGGUUCUAUGGAAAGUAUUCAAGGACUUAUUGCUUUGCGUCUUUAUACUCCAAAUUCUGCACUCAAAAGGAAAUUUGUUUCUAGGUGGACGAAUUUGACUAAUGGAAAGUCGUCGAGCGGCCAACUCGGAUUGAGUACUUACGGAUUAUAUGCGUAUGAUACUGUAUGGAUGCUUGCUCAUGCAAUCAACUCAUUUCUUAAUGAAGGUGGAAAUCUUUCAUUUUCAAAUCUUUCCAAGUUAACUUGGGCUGAUGUUGGAGCUUUGAAUUUGAAUGCCAUGAGCGUCUUCAAUGGUGGGAGGGCACUACUACAGAAUAUUUUAGACGUAAAUUUCACUGGAAUAACAGGUCCAGUUGAGUUCACUCCAGACCGGGACUUGAUUCGCCCUGCGUUCGAAGUGAUCAAUAUUAUCGGCUCAGGGGAAAGGCGAAUUGGUUACUGGUCUAACUAUUCUGGCUUAUCCAUUGUGCCUCCUGAAACCCUUUACUCAAAACCACCUAAUGGAUCCAGUUUAAAUCAAAAGCUAUAUGAUGUGGUAUGGCCAGGACAAGCAGCAACGAAGCCUCGUGGGUGGGCGUUUCCGAACGGUGGAGGGCAUUUGAGAAUCGGUGUCCCAAGACGAGUCAGUUACCAAGAAUUUGUCUCACAAGUAGAAGGAACUGACAUGUUCAGUGGCUACUGCAUUGAUGUCUUCACUGCAGCAAUUAACUUGUUGCCUUAUACGGUCCCUUACAAGUUAAUUGCUUAUGGGGAUGGUGUUACUAAUCCAAGAACAACCGAGCUUGUUCGUCAAAUCACGACCGGGGUCUUCGAUGCAGCGAUAGGCGACAUUGCAAUUAUCACGAACCGAACCCGGAUGGCGGAUUUUACACAACCAUACAUCGAGUCCGGCUUAGUAGUCAUUGCCCCAGUCAAGAAGUUGAACUCUAAUGCUUGGGCCUUUUUACGGCCGUUCACUGCAAAGAUGUGGUGUAUUACUGCUGUUUCUUUUCUUGUAGUAGGCGUAGUUGUUUGGAUUUUGGAGCAUAGGAUUAAUGAUGAUUUUCGUGGCCCUCCGAAGAGACAAGUUAUUACUAUUCUGUGGUUCAGCUUCUCAACUAUGUUCUUUUCUCAUCGGGAAAACACGGUCAGUACCCUCGGUCGCCUCGUGCUGCUCAUAUGGUUAUUUGUUGUUCUUAUUAUAAACUCGAGCUACACUGCAAGCUUGACCUCUAUCCUUACAGUUCAACAACUCUCUUCUUCUGUCAAAGGCAUUGAAACUUUGGUUUCAAACAAUGACCCAAUUGGGUACCAGCAGGGUUCGUUUACUCGAAACUACUUGAUUGAGGAACUUGGCAUUCACGAAUCGAGACUCGUUCCACUAAUCUCAAUAGAACAUUAUGUUAAAGCCUUGAAUGAUGGUCCACAGAAGAAUGGUGUUGCUGCUAUUGUCGACGAGCGAUCGUAUGCCGAGCUCUUCCUUUCAACUCAUUGCGAAUUCAGUAUUGUUGGCCAAGAGUUCACCAAAAAUGGGUGGGGAUUUGCUUUCCAGCGCGACUCUCCUUUAGCAGUUGACAUGUCGACUGCUAUUCUACAACUGUCCGAAAAUGGGGAUCUUCAAAGAAUCCAUGAUAAAUGGUUAAUGAAAAGUGCUUGCACAUCACAAGUCUCCAAAUUUGAGGUGGAUCGACUUCAGCUCGAUAGCUUUUGGGGACUUUUUCUAAUAUGUGGAUUAGCCUGCUUGCUCGCUCUAGCGAUAUAUGUCUUUCAAAUGUUGCGCCAAUACAGCAAGCAUUACUCAGAAGAACUUGAAUCUUCUGAGCAAACCUCUCGAUCUCGAUCUAAAAGCCUGCAUAGAUUUCUUUCUUUUGCAGAUGAAAAGGAAGAUGUCUUUAGGAGUCGAUCCAAGCGACGACAGAUGCAGGAGGCUUCAGUUAGAAACAUGAAUGGAGAUAAUUCAGCAGGCAGUUCAAGAAAAUAUGACAAUUGUGAUGCUGAUGGUACGUAUUGAUGCAUAUGAUCGGUACGGGUUAGAAACAGGCAUCAUGGUUGCAUGUUGUUAGUGCUUAGUCGAUUUUCUUUAGCAACAGUAUCAUCAAGUAUCGAGAGAGGAUGAAAUUUAAGAGCCAAAAUUGUUCUUUGUAUUGUAACACUUUACAGUAAUUCAGAUCUAUUUCAGCAAUAUUUACAGAUGUAUACAUGUAUAUUAGUACUCUAACCAUGCUUCCAUAAUAAUUUUAGCAUUUUUUUCAAGA